AUGGCGGCCACACAUCACGACACCAUCUCUCUGGACUCCAAACACGAUGCUUCUGGUCGGACUUCUGGCGUCUUCGCAGAUACCAAGGACGAAGCCAAAGAUGACUCUCCAUCCCGUCUCGAGCGGAACGACACGACUUUAGAUGGCGGCCUUCUUCUCAACGAAGACGAGGCCCUUACCCUCGUGCGGGGUGGGAGAGCACCUACUGCAGUCCCCAUCUUCAUCACUUUCGCUCGGAACGAUACUGCAAACCCACGGAACUGGUCGAAGGCGAAGAAGUGGUAUAUUACCUGCUUCGCAUCCUUCUUGAACGUCCUCACGUGUCUCUGUGCAGGAGGCUAUUCCAGUGCUUCCGACGAUAUCAGCAGUACUUUCAAUGUCUCGGCCGAGGUCGCGACACUGGGACUGUCGCUGUACAUCCUAGGAUUUGCUGUAGGACCAAUGUUACUAGCGCCGUUGUCAGAGUACUUUGGACGAAGUCCUGUGUACCUUGGUUCGUGGUUCAUUUUGGUCUUGUUCCAGAUCCCCGUAGCACUGGCGCCGAACAUCGCAACAGUCCUCGUCUGUCGCUUCAUCCAAGGAUUCGGCGGUUCAGCUCCUCUGACCAACACUGGUGGCACGAUCAGUGACCUCUGGGCUCGCAAUGAGAGUGGAAACGCCAUGAUGAUUUACGGCCUCUCCUCUACCUUUGGCCCACCUUUCGCCCUCGUGGUCUCGGGAUACUUCGCCAUGAGCCUGGGAUUCCGCUGGUUAUUCUGGUUCUUCAUGAUAGUCACGGGCUCUAUCUGGAUCCUGAUGCUCUUCACUCUGCCCGAGACUCGGCACAGCAUCAUCCUUGAAAGCAAAGCUGCCAAAAUCCGGAAGACCUUAGCCAAAGAACACACCAACCACCAAGACAUCAAGACUCUUAUUGGUAAUAUCUCAGACGCUCACACCAAAGGCCAGAAACGAAGCAUGCAUACUCUCUUCGCCACAAAUCUCACAAGACCAUUUCGCUUUCUGUUCACAGAGCCUAUCACCAUCGGCGCUGCCGCAUACAACGGCUUCAUCUACGGCAUCGUCUACUUGUUCAACGAAGCCUUCCCUCUAGUCUUCGGACCAGGCGGCCACGACUUCAAUACCGGAGAAUGGGGUCUCUCCUUCCUUGGCUUGGCUCUUGGUAGCGUAGUCGCGGCAUGCUUCUACCCAUUACAAGAACGAUACUAUCUUCGACGAACAGCUGCGAACGAUGGCAAAGGUGUCCCUGAGGCGAGGAUGUGGUCGGCUUGCUUCGGUGCUUUCUUACUGCCCAUCUCGCUCUUCUGGUUUGCGUGGACGAGCUCUCCUACGGUACACUGGAUCGUCCCGAUCAUCGCAUCUGGAUUCUUCGGAGCUGGAAUCUAUAUCGUCGUCCUCGCCGUGCUGAACUUCGUUGUCGAUUCGUACCAAUCGUACAGCGCUUCGGCGUUGGCGGGCGUGAUUCUCGUACGCAAUGUGGUCGGUGCGGGAUUUCCAUUAUUCGCUAGCCAGAUGUAUGGGAGGCUAGGCAAUGAGUGGGCAAGCACGCUUCUGGCGUUUCUGAGUCUGCUCUUUGUGCCAAUACCUAUAAUAUGGUUCUUCAGAGGAGAACGCCUCAGGCUGAAGAGCCCGUGGGCUCGAGAGCACUUCGACCAGGCUGAGGAUGCACCUCAUUGA